AGAGACAAGAGAGAGAGGGGAUAAGUUUCCUGUGCUGCUGCUGUUGGCGCACGGUCACAGAUCGUUCACUCCGCACGAUGGCACGCCUGCGUCCGUGUACCGCGACACCGUCGCUGCUGCGGGAACUCCGCUGAGCGUUCAUGAGAGCCGGUAGAAUCCCUGAGUGUCUCCAUGGCUGAAUUUGGGGCGACGAAGAGCGACGCGGGCCCACCGGUUGCUGGCUGGAAAGCUGCGUGCGGGGGAGCAGCCGGGAGGACGAGCUGUGUGGAGACGCACCGAGGAGACACCGUGUCAAACGGAAGCUGCAGCACGCCAGACACCGCCGGGAAGGUCCAGAACGAGACUAGCUGUGAGUCCCCGACGUGGGAGAACACAGGCUCGGAAUCGGCUCGUACAGCAAUCCCGCGACGCAGCAGUCUGAUCAAGGACGGCUCACGAUCCAGUCGGGAGAAAAAGAAGACCGUGUCCUUCAGCAGCAGCCUGUCAGAGAAGAAGAUCAGCAGUGCUGCCGGAUGCAUCCACUCCAUGGUUGAAGGGAGUGAGCUGAAGAAAAUCCGACCCAACUCCCGUGUUUACCAUCGAUAUUAUCUUCUAGACGCUGGCCUCCAGGCUCUAUGCUGGGAACCGUCUAAGAAAGAGUCGGACAAAGCCCGGAUAUUUCUCGACUCAAUACGAGAGGUUCGGACGGGUCGCAACACAGAAACCUUCCGCACCAGUGGAGUUUAUGAGCAGAUUUCAGAGGACUGUGCAUUCUCAAUCAUCUUUGGAGACGUUUAUGAAAGCCUGGACCUGGUCGCCAACUCUGCUGAGGUGGCCAACAUUUGGGUGACUGGCCUGAGAUAUCUCCUGCAGUAUGGAAAACACGCCUUGGACAUGCUUGCCAAUAGUCAGGACAGUCUUCGUCUUCGCUGGCUGGAGCAGUUGUUCUCCUCUGCUGCUCGGUUUGAUCCUGAGGAAGGGAUUCCCCUGCACUCAGCUGUUAAACUAAUACGAGGUGUGAAUCCAGGCGUCAGCACCGACAAGGUGGAGCGCAGGUUUAAAGAGCUUCAACGGGUCAGGGAGAAGAUGAGCGAGCUGACGCUGGAAAAUGCUUCUGGGGUUAAAGACUGCAGCCCCAACAAAAAGAAAACCGAAAGAAAGGAGCGAAUCUCCAAGAAGGAGUUCACUGAGGUCUUCCACGACUUUUGCACCCGCCCAGAGAUCUACUUUCUGUUGGUGCAGUUCUCUAGCAACAAGGAGUACCUGGAUGCCAAAGACCUGAUGAGGUUCCUGGAGGCUGAGCAGGGCAUGGCUCAAGUGAGUGAGGAAACCAGCCUGAAAUUCAUCCAGACACACGAGCCAUCAGAGGAGGGACGGCAGCAAGGCCACCUGUCUUUAGACGGCUUCACCAGCUACCUCACUUCAGGGGAGUGCCACCUGUUUGACAGGGAACACGAUCGUGUUUGCCAGGACAUGUCUCAGCCUCUGUCUCACUACUACAUCAACUCCUCCCACAACACCUACCUCAUUGAGGACCAAUUUCGAGGUCCCUCGGAUGUUUCUGGCUACAUCCGCGCUCUCAAGAUGGGCUGUCGAUGUGUGGAGGUGGACGUGUGGGACGGUGCCGAUGAGGAACCUAUAGUGUGCACGGGACGCACCCUCUCCCCACCACUGGCCCUGCGUUCCGUUUUAGAGGCAAUAGGAAGGUUUGCAUUCGUGGCUUCAGAAUAUCCGGUAAUUGUGUGUCUUGAAAACCACUGUUCACUUCAACAGCAGAAAGUUCUCGUGCAACUUCUGACCAGGAUACUGGGGGAGUGGCUGUACAGGAAUCCACCAGAAGAAGGAGCCACAUACCUACCUUCACCACAUGACCUGAAACAUCGAAUUCUGCUUAAGGGAAAAAGUCUCGGGCCAAGCACCGAUGGGGAAGGUGGGGAGGUGAGUGAAGAAGAUGAAGGAGCAGAAAUGUGUCAGAAGAUGAAAGCAGUAAAGAGCAGCAGUGGAGGAAUUGAGAAGGAUGCCGUGCAGAAAGGUGUUUCUUUCACGGCUCAGUCCAGUCCUUCGCAUCUCGCCUGCAAACCCUUCCUGCUGUUCAGGGGACUUUCUGAUUUAGUCACUCUGUGCCAUUCUGUUUGCUUCAUAGACUUUCAAACAUCCUCUAAAUCCCAGAACCCGUGGGAAAUGUGCUCCUUCCAUGAGUCUGUGGCUUUAGGUCUUGCUAGCGAAAGCCCCGGUGACUAUGUCAACCACAACAAGCGUUUCCUAUCACGGGUUUACCCUAACCCCAUGCGAAUCGACUCAAGCAAUAUGAACCCCCAGGACUUGUGGAAGUGCGGUUGCCAGAUUGUGUCGAUGAAUUUUCAGACGGCAGGACUGAUGAUGGACCUGAACACAGCCUGGUUCAGGCAGAACGGAAACUGCGGUUAUGUCUUGCGUCCAGCCAUCAUGCGGCAGGAGGUGUCUUAUUUCAGUGCUGACACCAAAGGCUCCGUCCCUGGUGUGUCUCCACAGCUACUCCAUGUGAAGGUGAUCAGUGGCCAGAAUCUGCCAAAGCCCAAAGGCUCUGGGGCCAAAGGGAAUGUGGUGGACCCAUACGUGUACGUGGAAAUUCACGGUAUCCCAGCUGACUGCACUGAGCGUCGCACCAGGACUGUGACUCAGAACGGAGACAACCCCAUCUUUGACGAGAGCUUUGAGUUCCAGAUCAACUUGCCCGAGCUCGCUAUGGUCCGGUUCGUGGUUCUGGAUGAUGACUUUAUCGGGGAUGAAUUCAUUGGUCAGUAUACCAUUCCCCUGGAGUGCCUCCAACCAGGUUACCGGCACGUACCCCUCCAGUGUCUCACAGGGGAAGAUCUACCACACGCCAAGCUGUUUGUCCAUGUGGCCCUCACAAAUCGACGGGGAGGUGGGAAACCUCACAAAAGAGGUCUCUCGGUACGGAAGGCUCGGAGGGGGAGGGAGUACACGGCUCUGAGGAACCUUGGAGUUCGGGCAGUCGAUGAGGUUUUCAAGAUGGCCACUCCGUUUCUGCGAGAAGCCACCGACCUCAGGGGCAACAUGCAGAACUCAGUGGCGGUGUUCAAGGAGCUGUGUGGGGUGUCAGCUGUGGCUAACCUCAUGCAGUGCGUGCUUGCUCUGAGCUCCAGUGUGUCGGGCCCAGAGGGGACAUCUUUAUUGCUGUUUAACCUGAAGGACAGCUACCCCAUCCUGGAGCCCCAGGGUCUCCUGCCGGAUGUUCUUCGUCGAGUCGUUGCUACUUAUGAAACGAUGGUCGAUGCCAGCAAAGCUGUGAUGGAGCUUUCAGAUGGAAUCUAUGACAAGAUCCUGCAUAUCCAAGCAAUGGCCGGGGCCCUGACCUUAACCUUGGAUUCACCCCAGAUGAUCAGCUGUUUCCCCUCUGGGUGCAUCAGAUUCACAUCAGGAAGUGGAACACCGAGUUUACCGUCAUUCUCAUCUCAGCUGCUCACAGCUCAAAUGGUUGUCUUUGUCUAAGCGGUGGUCAGGAUGCAACGUGUGCUGUAUCCUGAUGCUUCAACCAUAAAGAAACCUCCAGUUCAGGAGUGUGUGUGUGUGUGCGCAUGUGUGUGUGUCCCUUUAAUUGCUCAGUGAGAUAUUGUUCUCUAUUGGUUUUGCCUCACAGAGAAAAGGAAACUAACACAGACACGCUACACUGGCACGUGGGCUUCGAGUUGCCUAGCAACUGUGUGGUAAAGGUUAUUAUUAAGUCAAUUUAUGUAGGUGUGAGUGUGGAGCAGGGUCUACGUAUGUGUGUGCAGCUGUGCCUCCAUGUUGGCAGACGUUUAGUAAAAUGGGGGUGUCAUGUGUGAAAAAUUAGUUUUCCACCCAAUUUGUGUGUGUGUGUGUGUGUGUGUGUGUGUGUGUGUGUGUGUGUGUGUGUGUGUGUGUGUGUGUGUGUGUGUGUGUGUGCGCGCGCGCGCUUGAGAGAGAGAGAGAGAAGCAUGUGACCCAUAACUUGGUAUGCUAAACGUCUAGAAUCUCAAAGUUUGCCCCAUGUUAACCCACUUUCGGGUUUCCAUGGUAACAGUGAGACAGUGGCCCGGGGCAGCCUGAGGAGACCAGACACAUGGAAACAAGUCGACGCACACAUUCUAACUAGCCUCAAGCGAGAUGGCCUCAUCUGCUUCCCAGAUUUUCUGUCGACCUUACUAUUCCUCAUUUCCAUCCUUUUUGACUUCUCGUUUGUAAAAUCGUCUCCCAAGGAAUUCGGAGCUGGGAAUGUUUCGACUCACCAGUCUCAGCUGGAAGAGUGCUUGAAGGGUGCGUCUUCAGCCAUGGAUGAAUUUACAUUUUGCAUAUUGAUUCACUAGAUUCAAAUGAGACAUCUUGUGAUUUCUUUUUAACGUCAUAAUUGUUCUACGGUUGAUACAAAACGUGUUCAUGACAUUUUUUACACUAAAUCUCUCUAAAAUGAAGCUAUUUCAAUUGUUGUAAUUUUUCAGUACCUUCCAGAAUGUUACUGUAAGAAAACGAGCUGUUGCUGGCCACGCCCACCCAUCCUCUGAUUUAAUCAAUUUCCCUCUGGGAUUAAUAAAGUAUUUUUGAAUUGAAUUGAAUUGAUUGGCUGUGCAUUUAUCACAGUAGAAACAUGAAUUACUGGUCACACAGUGGUAUAGUUAAAGCAGUGCGCCACAUCCAGAUGACUUAAAUCCAGAAAUCUCUUAUGUCAGUGGUGUUGACACUUUUCUACACGAGAGCCAAAUUGUCAUAAUAGGUAAUUUAGUAUCAGUCUGAACAUAAAAUGGUAGAAAAGCGUCAAUCUACAGGUCUUUCUAAAAAUUAGCAUAUUGUGAUAAAGUUCAUUGUCUGUAAUGUACUGAUAAACAUUAGACUUUCAUAUAUAUUAGAUUCAUUACACACAACUGAAGUAGUUCAAGCCUUUUAUUGUUUCUAAUACUGAUGAUGUUAGCAUACAGCUCAUGAAAACCCAAAAUUCCUAUCUUAAAAAAAUUUGCAUAUCAUGAAAAGGUUCUCUAAACGAGCUAUUAACCUAAUCUUCUGAAUCAACUAAUUAACUCUAAACACCUGCAAAAGAUUCCUGAGGCUUUUAAAAACUCCCAGCCUGGCUCAUUACUCAAAACCGCAAUCAUGGGUAAGACUAUCGACCUGACUACUGUCCAGAAGGCCAUCAUUGACACCCUCAAGCAAGAGGGUAAGACACAGAAAGAAAUUUCUGAACAAAUAGGCUGUUCCCAGAGUGCUGUAUCAAGGCACCUCAGUGGGAAGUCUGUGGGAAGGAAAAAGUGUGGCAGAAAACGCUGCACAAUGAGAAGAGGUGACCGGACCCUGAGGAAGAUUGUGGAGAAGGACAGAUUCCAGACCUUGGGGGACCUGCAGAAGUAGUGGACUGAGUCUGGAGUAGAAACAUCCAGAGCCACCGUGUACAGGUGUGUGCAGGAAAUGGGCUACAGGUGCCGCAUUCCCCAGGUCAAGCCACAUUUGAACCAGAAACAGCGGCAGAAGCGCCUGACCUGGGCUACAGAGAAGCAGCACUGGACUGUUGCUCAGUGGUCCAAAGUACUUUUUUCAGAUGAAAGCAAAUUUUGCGUGUCAUUCAGGAAUCAAGGUGCCAGAGUCUGGAGGAAGACUGGGCAGAGGGAAAUACCAACAUGCCUGAAGUCCAGUAUCAAGUACCCACAGUCAGUGAUGGUCUGGGGUGCCAUGUCAGCUGCUGUUGUUGGUCUACUGUGUUUUAUCAAGGGCAGGGUCAAUGCAGCUAGCUAUCAGGAGAUUGAGGACCCUUGAUCUAUGUCAACUACUGAAGAGACAAAAAGUUCAUAGCUGAAAGGUAACUGGGGGCUGAGGGUUGCGAUUGGCUUCCAGGCUGGACUUUGGACAUGCCUGACUUAGCUUGUGUCCUCACGCAGAAGAAAGAGGAGCAGGACACAACGCUACGCCUUUUAGCCACCCAAAGACAUUUGAGAAAUGAAAACAGUCUUGUUGACCAGUUAAUUUAGUUAAAUAGUGGUUUUGUGAUUUGUUAAAAAAAGCUCCUUUUUUU